GGGUACUUCAAAGACAAGAUGGCGGACAAAGAAAAGAAGAAAAAAGAAAGCAUUUUAGAUCUGUCAAAGUUUAUUGACAAACCAAUCAGAGUAAAAUUCCAAGGUGGAAGAGAAGCAAGUGGUAUACUGAAAGGAUAUGAUCCUUUGUUAAAUCUUGUGAUAGAUGGAACAACAGAAUUUGUUAGAGAUCCAGAUGACCCAUAUAAAUUAUUAGAAGAAACCAGACAGUUGGGUUUAGUAGUAUGUCGUGGUACAUCAGUAGUUCUUAUAUGCCCAGCGGAUGGUAUGGAAGCAAUAGCCAAUCCAUUUAUACAACAAGAAGGAUAAACAACUUAUUAUUUAUCUUUUUUUAUAAAGCAAGUCAGAAAAUGAAUCUGACAAAAAUUAAAAACUUUUGUAUAUUACAAUGUCAGUGACUACUGAAAUACGGAUGUCUACAGAACCAAAACACGUUAACAUGUGUACAAAUAUUUGUUAAUUUCAUAAUCAUGCCUGACUUAAUGAGCAAAUACUAAAUUUUCAUGAUUUGAUGAUUUUAUGUCAUUUGUUAAAGGGGAACCGAUACUAUAAAUAGGGGCAAGAUGGCCACCGCUAUUAGUAUGUUAAUCCGAACCAAGCCGCUCACACAUUGUGGCGGGAGCUCCGGGAAAUGUGCCAUUUACGAUGUUUAGAGAUCAAGCUGUGAUUCAAAAUACAUUUCUACGGGGACAUGAAUAUGUACGCUAGCGAUUACACUCAUCGGGUUAAAAUCCUGAGUUUAAAAUGGCGGCUAAUGUAUGCAAAAUGCCUGUCAAUUACAGUUUGAGUAAGUGAGUAUAAUAAGCAUUCAUUUACUUAGUGGACAGAGGCGUAGUAUAUUAUCCAUGAACACAUGGUGCAAUCCAUGGGAUUGAGCGGUUCCCCUUUAAGAAUAAAUUUUGCCAAAGUCGCUGUCUGACAACCCCAGAUUUUUACUGCUAAAAAAAUUUCAUGAUUUUCAAUGAUUUGCAAAAAUUUGUUUCUUGUGAAAUUAAAGUUUUAUAAAACAGUAAGCAAAUAUAUAAUCCACUGAAAACAAAAUACUUUUAAAAUUUUCUCAAAAUAAAAAUUAAGCUUUCUACAGUAGCAAAUUGUCUCAUUUGUAGUUUUUACUAGAGCAGAUUCAUUUUAAAGAUUGGUGGUCGUCACGCCAUGCAUGUGUGAGAUUUGGGACUCUUAUGAAUAAAGAUGGCGACUUUGACUGAUGCAAAGACCAAAGAAUACAAACUAGAACGUUACAAAGUAUUAACUUGCUAAUUUCCUUGCUGAUUGGAAGGUAUUGAAAAAGUCAUCAAUGAUAAUUAGUACAUGUCGCCCGAUGGUCAAAACUUGAAGAGCACAUUGAAUUGUGGGAAACUCAAUAUUAAUCAACAAAAACGUUGCACAUGGGCGGUGCGACGACCACCAUCCUUUCAUUUUUACCAAAUCAUUGAUUAAAAUCCUGAAUUUUUUUAUGAGUAAUAUCUUGAUGCUCUGUGACAUUAAAUGUAAUCUUUGUUUUUGUGAAUUUUAUUGUGAUUUGCAAGUGGUGUCAUUUCACAGGAAUUAUAUUUUGUAUUUUAAAGUGACAUUACAAAAACUCACACAUCACAGAAUAUUUACUUGCAUGUGUUGGACAAAACACAAUGUAUGUGGGCUUCUGUUUCUUUUAUAAGUCAUGAAAUUAAAAACAUGUA